GUGGGAGGGGGGUGGGGGUUAGAAGACACCGGAGCUGCAAAAGGGAAAAGGAGAGGCAGUAACGUCAAUCCGAAACAUUGGAGCUACCACAACCACCAUCGCUGUCACGGCUACUAUCACGCCGCCGCCGCCCUCGCCACUCCAGCGUCGGGUGCCUCCCCCCAGCCGCCAUGGGAACUCCGCAUCAGUCGCUCCUUAAACUGCUUCAUCCGUGGGCCAUGUCGUGAUCCGUGGGCUCCGCUAGCGGGUUUUCGUGAUCCGUGAUCCCAAUCGAGGGGAAGGAAGAGGAGGCUGGAGGUGGGCAAGAUGUUCGCUUCACUAGGCCCUCGGGGUCCUCCCGUCGCUCAGGCCAUCCCAGAGCCGGACCUUAGCCACUUAACUGAGGAGGAGAGGAAGAUCAUCAUGGCUGUACUAGCUCGGCAACGGGAGGAAGACGCAAAGGAGGAGGCCAUGCUAAAGGAGGAGAAGCCUAUCCAAGCAAGAACAGUAAACUUGGUUGGGCAGAAAAAACCGCCGCAGCAAAACGAUGUCCGGGGCAUCCAGCAACAGCUUUCCAGCUACAGGGAGACGGUGAUCAGGCAGGCCACAGCUGCAGCAGGCUCAGCAGUUCACCGAGACGAUGCCCCAACUUGCGGCAUCUGCCAGAAGACAAAGUUUGCAGAUGGUUGUGGGAACUUGUGCUCGUACUGCCAGACCAAGUUCUGUGCCCGCUGUGGAGGGAGGGUGUCGCUUCGAUCCAAUACGGAGGACAAAGUGGUCAUCUGGGUUUGUAAUAACUGCCGAAAACAACAGGAGAUACUGACCAAGCCAGGUGAAUGGUUCACUGGUCCAUCAGGAAAACCCACUGGUCUCGGUUCAGCAAUCAGUGAGCCAUCUGUGUGCCAAACCACUGGUGAGAAGAAGCUCCGAUCCCAAUCCCAAGCCCCUCCUGGUUCCACAACAUCUCUAGACCCCAAACAAGCAAUUGCACCUGGGAGUACAGCUGGAGCAGACAUCCGAUCACGAAGCGAACCGCCGAGAGACACGUACGUUUUGAGAAAUGGAAGAGGUAGUGGAGCAGAGCGGAGGUCAGGUAAUCCUAUGUUGCAAACCCAGGUUUCCAUGGAUCGAGACCUCCGAGGUGAAUCCAGGGAGCACAGGGAAAGCCGGCGGCUCACAAAAGGACGUUCUUUGGAUAUUGAUCCAGUGGGAGGUAAUGGUGAGCUGAAACGGACACAAGAGGGGGGCCCUCAACACAUGGGCCAAAGUAGUGGCCCUCUUCGUCAAACAGGGAAAGUCCCUCCUGGAGGCCGAGGCCAUCCUGUUCCAGUACAAGGCUGUCCAACAGGGAUUAUUUGCGAUGGUGUAGUAUGUGGACAAAGAACUGCCGGUGGACUGUGCGAGCACACACUCGUGCAACAAGACCGCCCCUCUCAACUCAGAGAACUUCAGAGUUCAGGACCUGGAUCAGUUCCUGGACAGGGGCCUGUAGUAAGACGAACCAAAAGGAACAAGGCUGACAGCAUGCUACGCAAUGACUCACUCAGCUCAGAUCAAUCGGAAUCUUUGCGUCCUCCACCACCUAGACCCUACAAAACGAAGCGAGGGUUGGGGGCUGGAGGCAAGAGGCAGACCAGUGUCAGCAGCUCAGAGGAAGAGGGUGGUACUACACCUGAAUACAGCAGUUGUGAAGAUGCUGAGAUCGAAAGUGUUAGCGAGAGAGGUGACUGGGAGUGCUACCCUCAUGACCCAACAGUGUGGCAUCAUCCUGUAACCUGGCAACCAUCCAAGGAGGGUGACCAUCUGAUAGGCAGAAUCACCCUCAGUAAGAGGAGCACAACCAUGCCUAAAGAAGCUGGGGCUCUGCUGGGAUUAAAGGUGGUUGGCGGUAGAAUAACAGAGUCAGGGAGAUUAGGUGCCUUCAUCACCAAGGUCAAAAAAGGCAGCUUGGCUGAUGUGGUUGGACAUUUAAGAGCAGGGGAUGAAGUUUUGCAGUGGAAUGGGAAACUAUUACCAGGAGCCACCAUGAAGGAAGUUUACAACAUCAUCCUGGAGUCUCAAGCUGAGCCCCAAGUUGAGCUAGUUGUAUCCCGGCCUAUUGGGGUGUAUAGAAAAUUUAAUGAUAUCCCAAGAAUCCCAGACACAUCCCAUCCUCCAUUAGAAUCUACAGGUUCAAGUUCCUUUGAGUCCCAGAAGAUGGAGAGACCAUCUAUAAAUCUUUUAUCUCCCACUAGUCCCAGAACGAUUCUAGACGCCCCACAGCUUAUGCCGGGAAAACUUUCGGUGAAGCUGUGGUACGACAAAGCGGGCCACCAACUAAUAGUCAAUGUGCUUCAAGCAGCAGAGCUCCCUCUUCGGCCUGAUGGCCGACCCAGAAGCCCAUACGUCAAAAUGUACUUCCUUCCCGAUCGCAGCGACAAGAGUAAACGCAGGACUAAAGCAGUGAAGAAGACCUGUGAACCUAAGUGGAACCAAACAUUCCUCUACACUCACAUCCAUCGUCGGGAUUUCCGCAACCAUAUGCUGGAACUGACCGUGUGGGACCAGCCGAGGUCACCAGAGGAGGAUAGCAUCUUUAUGGGAGAAAUCCUUAUAGAGCUGGAGACAGCCUUGCUGGAUGACAAGCCACACUGGUAUCCCCUCCAAACGCAUGACGUCUCAUCCAUACCGCUCCCCCGACCCUCACCAUAUCUGCCUCGUCGACACAUACACACAGACAACCCUGGCAGAAAGCUACAGCGUUCACAGCGUGUAACAGAGCCUGAAUUUGAGGGUACAGCAGUAGUUUCUAAAGCAGCAGAGGGACGUGGUAGAGAGCGACAACGAGAGCCAACGUCCACUCUGGAGGUGCCUGAUCGACAGAGGACGCCCUCACAUCAAAUACGUUCCCGCUCGGUAUCCCCCCACCGUGAGGAGCAGGGAUGCAUGCGGUCCCGACCAGCAAACGUCCCUGCACAGAGGAGCCUAGACGAUGAGCUUUCACACUCUAGGCGUUCUCGUUCUCCAACCCGCUACUAUGACUCUGGUAGAGGUCACCACAAGGAUCAGGAAUACCUUGAUGACAGUGAGGUCAUCAUGAUCCACCAAUCAAUGCGAGGCAAAAGUGCUGAGUGCAUCCACUUCAGUGAUCUUCAGCCUUCUCUGGAAAGGGUUAGGAGUGCUAGCACCAACUGUCUGACUCCAGAUAAUCAUGUCCCCUCACCUGAGUUGGAAAGAAAAUCAAUGUCCCAUUCCCUGCCCCGGAGACGUCCUCCCAGCCCCAGGAUUUUUAUCCAGCAUGCUUCCCCAGAAGAUGACAGGGGCCACCACCAAGAUGGUGCACCUCUUUCCUCUUCAGUGACAUCCUCUUCAUCUCGCAAAGUCAGGCAGCUCCCACAACUUCCCCCCAAGAGCAACAGUGUAGAACAAGCCCUGGUAGCAGAGGAACGCGUUCGUCAACUCCAAAUGAGAGUUCAUUCAAACCGGAUGUCAGCUGCCAAUAACUCCAGCCAGCAGGACCUGGAUAGAGCCCUCAAGAACAAACGGGAGCUCUUCAAGGACCACAGGACGAGUAGUGAGAAUGCCUCACAUAAGUCAUCAGACAGUGAUGUCAGUGACGUAUCAGCCAUCUCUCGAACCAGCAGUGCCUCCCGGAUCAGUAGCACCAGCUACAUGUCCAUCCAGUCAGAGAGACCCAGAGGACGCUUCAGUCGAGCCAUGCGUGCGACGGGCCGCCACAUGAUGAAGAGCACCAGUGUGAGUGGCGAGAUCUAUGGCAUGGAGCAUGCAGAUGGCAGCCAAUCAGACACGGCCCUGGGGAGCUUGGGAAGUGGGAUCAAAAAGCGGCGUUCAAGCCUCAGCCAACGCGUUGUCGCCAUUCUGCCAUCGAGGCGCAGUCGGAGUACCUCGCAACUUAGCCAGACAGAGGCGGCUGGUAAGGCGGUGGACAGACAGAAAGAGACGUCGGCAGGUAAGAAGGUGUCUAAGGCUGGCAGCAGCAGUAUCCAAAGGAGUGUCGAGACUGGCAUGGCAGUGGAGUACCCAAGAGGAGGGUCAGCCAUGAACCGUCAGGCCAGUAGAGAAUCCACUGAUGGGAGCAUGAACAGCUACAGCUCUGAGGGAAAUCUUAUCUUCUCAGGAAUGAGGUUAGGUGCUGACAGCCAGUUCAGCGACUUCUUGGGUGGUUUAGGACCCGGUCAGCUAGUUGGCCGACAAACACUGGCAACACCUGCAAUGGGUGAUGUUCAAAUUGGUUUGAUGGAUAAGAAAGGACAAUUGGAGGUGGAGGUGAUCAGGGCACGAGGCCUUACCCCCAAACCAGGCUCCAAAUCCCUCCCAGCUCCCUACGUCAAGGUGUACCUGCUGGAUAAUGGAACUUGUAAAGCCAAAAAGAAAACUAAGAUUGCACGAAAGACCCUGGAGCCUCUGUACCAGCAGCAUCUGCUAUUUGACGAGAGUCCCCAGGGCAAGGUGCUUCAGGUGAUAGUGUGGGGGGACUAUGGACGAUUGGACCACAAAUGUUUUAUGGGUGUAGCACAGAUCUUACUGGAAGAUUUGGACCUAACGAGCACGGUGAUUGGAUGGUACAAACUCUUUCCACCAUCUUCGUUGGUAGAUCCCACUCUAGCUCCACUAACGCGACUGGCGUCUCAGACAUCAUUGGACAGCUCAGGACCACCCCCGGGCGUUCGGUCGUAGUGACCGUGAUGACGUCAAGCGUCCCUUAAGUGACAAAGUAGGGGAACAUAACUAUUGGACCACAGUGGAGCAUAGGGUGGCGCUGGGACAAGAAAGCCUUGGUCUACCAAUUAAAAGCCAGACGGAGAGACAGGGAGUGAUAGGGAGAGAGAAGAUGAAAAAGAACAAGCCAAUCAAAGCUUAUUUGGAGUCUGACAAUCAUUUCUCACCUUCUUUAUCUACUUGAGCCUUUUCUUUGCAAACCUUUGCUUUCGUCCGUUCCUCCGAGCUGGAGAUUUUCUGUCCACCUUGAUUAGCAAUUAUCUUUUAUGUAACUAUUUUUGUGUGACCGAUCAAAGUCUUUCACUAGUCAGGAGUGCUAUAAACACGUAGGGGAGUUGCUAAUGAUCCAAACCGAGACACCUUCAUGCAGAUAAAUGGGUGCAUGAGAUUGGCAAUGCCAAGGUAACAUUGUAAGUGUAGUUGAGCACGAGAGGCUGCUGUUUGGCAUGGAUUAGUCAUCUUUUUACGUUAAAAGAGCCUGCGCACACAAACACACACGUCCCUCUCGUUGUGAGAUAUGAACGCAAGCACAACUAAAGCUUGAGUCCUUUAUUAUGAUGGAGACAAAUAGGUUUUGCUCUUUGUCUGAACAAAUGAAAAAGAGGCCAAAUAUAUAAUGUGCUUUGUGUAUUUUUUGGUUAGUUUUUCAUCAGUCUUUCUUAAGAUUAGAGUUUAAAAGUGUAUCAUAAGGUGAAAAGUCCUAUGUCUUUUUUUUUUUUUUUUUUGGGUAGGGGGGGGUCACAAUUAGUUCAUGUUUGUCAGAAUCAUUACCACCCCCCAUUCCAUUUACAUUUUAUAAGAGAGCAGCAUGAUAUGGGGACACCAUGUCCUAGCGCCCAGCUAUGUAAUUGUUUGUUACUUUAAUUUUAUUUGAUUGGUUCUCUUUUUUGGGGGGUUAUAUUUUAUAAAAAUCUACAAAACUAGAAUUAAUUAUUUUUCUAAAAAAGGAGAAAAAAAAACUGCGUGUUAGUUCCACAUAAUUUUAGGCCCGCUUGUCUGUUGCAUGUUCUUGUACAGUUUGCUUGUACUGAAUAUGAAUACAAACCGAGAAAAAGCCAAGCCAUACCCCUUCCAAUGAGGGCGGAUGAUCUUCUCCACCCGGGCCACAGCUUCCACUCUGGGUCGAAAUAUCCAUGUCAGGAAUUCUUUACAUUAAAUUCUUUGAUUUUUUGUUGUUGUCUUUUUAGCCCUUUGAAUGACAGUGCUGUUCUGUAGUAUGCAGCAAACCCGAGACCGUGGUGAUGAUGACGAUGUAACUGUAGUGUCAGUUUGUCGGACUCCGGACCAAUAGAGAAUGUGCGGGAAAUCAGUUUCAUGUAUAUGAAGUACUUUUAAGAGUUUGAGAGAAAUUAUAAAGAUAGAGAUAUAUAUGAAUAUAGAAAAAGUGUAUCUGCCUGUCUCCAAAACACACAUGCACACCUUGUACAUAGAAAAUAAGAUAUUAUCAAGAGAAAUGUCAGUGAUACACAAGCAUUCCUGUUUUAGUUUGGUUUUUAUGAAGAAAGGAAUGUGCACCCUGUGCUGAGCUGAAGCUGCUGAGCGGUUCUGAGCCACAGGGGGCGCUAGAGAGCUUUUCUUACCCCACUCCCAAGUUAAGAAAUUGUGUAGAAAGCCUUUGUUUACCUUUGUAAUUCAUUUCAUGAACUUGUUUAUUACUAUUUGUUGGGACUGGUCUUCUAAAGCCAAUGAAGAGUCGGGUUUUGCAUACCUGUGUUGGAAAUGUUUGUGUUGAAAGUCUUGGCAGUGUGGCCGACUGCCCUUUCCUUUGUCAGUAUUACCCCACAAAUACUGAUUGUUUACAGGUCAUGGCUCCCCAAACCCAAACCACGAUGCUAGACGAAAGAUGAAGUAUUCACUGCAACAGCUCUUGUUUGUAUAACAGAUGUGGCUCUACUGACAUGUAUGUUUUAUAUUCAAAGAGUUCAUUUUUAUUAUUUACAAAUAAAAGACUGUGCGGAAGAAGAUACCUUCUCUUCCCAAGGAAGACGCGUCAUUAUUACAAGGGGUGUGACAAAAUAUUGAAAGGGUUAUAUAUCGUGAUACUUUGUUUCCCAAAAGGUUAUCGAUAGGCUCCUGCCAAGAAUCGAUACAGUGAUCAUGUGCUACUUCGCACUUCAGUCCGUCGC